UUCGUUCGGUCGCCGAUACGCGAGAAACCCAGCGCCGCGCGUCCCUCCGCCGCCGCUGUCGCCCCCCCUCCCCCGCGUUGACGGCGCGUUAAGGUUCAGACCGCCGGCGUCGCGACAGCCAGCGGAGAGAUUUGAUUUAGGCGCGCGCGAAGAGAAGACGCGAGUCGCCACGCACCAUGGCCGAGGCCGACCUCGCGCGGUACGAGCAGGAGCUCCUCCGGCGGAACGCCGCGCUGGAGGAGCGCGCGGCGGCGUCCAUCGCGCGCGCGAAGGCGGUCGUGGAAGGGACGAUCCCCCCGUCCCCCGGCGCGGCGGACGCGCCGGAUCUGGAGGAGUACUCCGACGUCGACGACGAUCCGAACGACGACGACGACGACGACGACGCGCGCGCGCGCCCGCCGACGCCGCCGCAAGCCAAGCGCGCGGAGGUGGCGGCGGCGGCGGCGGCGGCGAAGAGCCCGUCGAAACAGCAGCCUCCCGCCGCCGCGAAGCGCGCGACCGCGGCGUCCAAGACGAGAGCGCGCGCGUCGAGCGGCGACGCGUCGUCCAUCAUUCGAGCGUCCGCCUCCGCCUCCGCCGCGCCCGACCUCGACGCGCGCGACCACAACGACGCGUGGGAGGACGCGUACGACGAGGACAAGUACGGCCGACUCGCGCGCGCGCGCAUCCGCGCGCUGCAGGACGAGCUCGCGGCGCAAGCCCGCGAGCUCCGCGAGGCGCACGCGCGCCUGAAGGAGCGCGACGUCGAGCUCAAGCGUCUGCUCACGGAAAAGCUCUCAGGCGCGUUCUAUCUCACGCCGGUCCCCAUACGACCGCGUCGGCGUGGUGAACGCCGUUUCUUAAGGACUUUCGCCCGGCGCAUCUCUCCGCCCAGGGUCCCUCGCUCACAAUCCCGACACAUCUCGACGCCUUUCAACUCCACUUUUGACGCCUAUGAACUCCACCCCGAUAUCAUCGCUCGUGUGGACCCUCGACCCUCAGCCGCCAAGGCGCAGAAGACGCAGCAGACGGCCGCGGACAAGGAGCGCAAGGCGGCGCUCGACGCGAGAGCGCAGCUCGAGGCGAAGGAACGCGAGUGCGCGGAGCUGCGACGCGAGAUGGACCGCGCGUCGCGCGCGAACAAGGCGGCGGAGACGGAGUUCAAGACGAGGGACGUGCGGCUCAACCGAGCGUUGGAGGACGCGGAGCGGUAUAAAGGCGCGGAGGCGGCGAAGGGCGGGAACGCGUCGACGCGGGCGGAGGCGGACAAGCUCCGCGGGGAGAACAAGCGGUUGGAGCGGCAGAAGGCUGAGCUCGUCGCCGCGUUUAAGAAACAGAUGAAGCUGAUCGACGUCUUGAAGCGGCAAAAGAUUCACGUGGAGGCGGCGCGGUCGCUGCAGUUCGCGGAGGAGGACUUCAUGCGGACGUUAGACGCGGGCGCGCACGAGUAGGAACUGAUCGUUACGAAGAGGGGAUGUGAUGGCUUAGCGCGGGGCGGGCGGGGGGUCGAGAGAUGGUGUACUGUACAUAACACGCGAGAAGCGACGACGUCGUUCGAG